AACAUUAAUUUUAAUUUAUGUAAUAUUAUAAUUCGAGAAGAUUAAUUACAUCUCUUCUUUACUCCUGUUUGAACGAUUUCAUGUAUUGAAAUUUGGAACUGUACUUGUAGAACUACAUUACAUUGUGAACGUGUUGUGUAACUUGGGAUUUUCAAUUGAUCCUGCAUUUUAUAAGUGGAACAAUGGCUCAAGAAAACGAAUUGCAGAGCAAGGAAAGAGCGGUUUCAGGAGAUGAUAUGUCGUCGGCAUCUACAGAUAGGAGUAAAGUUUUAACCGAAAAUAUUCAAUCGAAUGGAAAAGAAGAGAAAAAACCAAUCAAUGAAUUGAGUGAAAAUUCUGUAUUAGCAUCAACUCCCAGAAAUGAAAAUAAAACCAAUGAAAAUGUUGAGAGUGGAUCAAGUGAGUUAGUUGACGGUGAAGAAUAUUCGCUUUCAUCCGAGUCUAUAGAUUUAGAAACGCUUCACGAUGUUGGUAUCACAGUACAUAUACAGAGCCCAGGUGCUGAAUUGCUUUCAGUACAGUUGUCUAGUAUGGAGUUGGUGCAAGAAAUACAUCAAUUACUCAUGGAUCGAGAAGAUACUUGUCACCGUACCUGUUUUUCUUUACAGUUAAAUGGAAUAACUUUAGAUAAUUUUGCUGAACUAAAAACAAUUGAAGGUUUAAAACACGGAUCAACAAUUAAAGUUAUCGAAGAACCUUACACGAUGCGUGAGGCGCGUAUUCAUGUACGCCAUGUGCGUGAUUUAUUAAAAAGUAUGGACCCUUCGGAUGCUUAUAGUGGUAUUGAAUGUAAUUCUCUGACGUUUUUGCAUACUAUAACACAAGGAGACUUACUCGAAAAGAAAAAAUCGCGAUCUGAUUCAGUAGAUUGUACACCACCAGAUUAUGUAAUGCCCGGCGUGAAAGAAGCUCCACUAAUACCUUUGCAACCAGGUUUAAAAAAUUCAAGAGGACCACAAGCACUUAAAAUAUUAACCACCUCUGCAUGGAAUCCUCCUCCAGGACCUCGUAAACUGCAUGGAGAUCUUAUGUACUUAUAUGUUGUAACCAUGGAAGAGAAACGAUUUCACAUAUCUGCUUGUCCUAAGGGAUUCUAUAUAAACCAAUCUACAGACGAAGUGUUUAAUCCUAAACCAGACAAUCCCAGCCAUUUGAAUCAUUCGUUAAUAGAUUUACUCUCACAAAUUUCGCCAUCUUUUAAGCGUGCAUUUCAACAAAUGCAAAAAAAGCGUACUUUACGUCACGCAUUCGAACGGGUUGCUACGCCUUAUCAAUUAUAUCAGUGGACUGCACCACAAUUAGAGCAUACAAUUGAUGCGAUUCGUGCUGAAGAUGCUUUUUCAUCAAAGCUUGGCUAUGAGGAACACAUCCCUGGACAGACACGUGAUUGGAAUGAAGAGUUGCAAACAACUCGUGAAUUGCCACGUAAAACUUUACCAGAACGAUUACUUCGCGAGCGAGCUAUUUUUAAAGUACAUGGAGACUUUGUAAUUGCGGCAACACGCGGAGCUAUGGCUGUUAUAGAUGGUAAUGUUUUGGCUAUAAAUCCUGGAGAGGAUCCAAAAAUGCAAAUGUUCAUAUGGAACAAUAUAUUUUUCUCGUUGGGAUUUGAUGUACGAGAUCAUUAUAAGGACUUGGGUGGUGAUGUAGCCGCCUUUGUAGCGCCUCGAAAUGAUCUUCAUGGGGUACGUGUUUAUAGUGCCGUAGAUAUAGAGGGCCUUUAUACAUUGGGAACAGUAGUAAUAGAUUAUCGUGGUUAUAGAGUAACCGCUCAAUCCAUUAUUCCUGGAAUUUUGGAGAGAGAACAAGAGCAAUCUGUUGUUUAUGGUUCCAUUGAUUUUGGAAAAACUGUUCUAAGCCAUCCAAAGUAUCUUGAAUUACUACGGAAGGCCGGUAAGCAUUUAAAGAUUAUGCCGCAUUCUGUACUAAAUGAACGCGAUGAACCCGUAGAGCUCUGCUCCUCUGUCGAAUGUAAAGGCAUCAUAGGUAACGAUGGCAGACAUUAUAUUCUAGAUCUACUGCGAACGUUUCCCCCAGACGUAAAUUUUUUAGUUCUGGAUGAUAUCCAUAUUAGUCCUGAUUUGCAAGCUUUAGGUUUUCCAAUAGAGCAUAAACAUAAACUUUCCUGUUUAAGACAAGAGCUACUUGAAGCGUUUAUAGAAGACCGUUAUGUUACUUUUAUACGAAGCGCAGCUCAACACUUACAAAGUUGCAAUUCACAAAAGCCAGCGCUUGGAAAUAAUAAUGAUUUACGCUGUGAAGUAUUGCAAUCAGAAGAGGAAAACCAAAUAUCAACAAAAUCGAACAAUAAAGCCAACGACGUUAUGUCGGAGGCCCUAGACGUUAUCAAAGAAGCACAGUUUAAAGUGGCUGCUUCUGAUGAGACCCAGGCUGCUGAUGUUGUGAAACACGCGUGCGCAGCUGUUGGUUCUUUAAAAGAGCAAGAGUUCGACUUUCGUUUCAAUCCGGACGUAUUUUCGCCAGGAAUACGUCAUGUGGAUGAUUCAAGUUCUCAUAACUCAAUUUCUAAGCAAAAAAAACUUAUACAGGAUGCUGCUGAAUUUUUGGUUACAAAACAAUUGCCAUCUUUUAUUAAAGAACAUAUGAAUCAUUCGUCACCACCGAUGGAUGGUACAAGUUUAACAGAGGCUUUACACAGUCAUGGCAUUAACAUUAGGUAUCUUGGAAAAGUAAUAUAUAUGUUGGAAAAAAUACCUCGCUUGGAAUACUUAUAUAGAAUAGCUAUUAUUGAAAUUAUAGUUCGUGCUACCAAACAUAUUUAUUAUUCAUAUAUGCAAAAUACGGAUGUUAUGCAGUUGUCCAACGCUAUUAGUCAUUUUCUGAAUUGUUUCUUGUCCUCGGGACCUGUACAUGCUGCAAGCAAUUCCAAUGAUUCGAGUAAAUCUAAUCGUCGUGGAAAAAAGAAAUAUACCAAAAUUGCCAAUGGAUCUGGAAACAAAAACACAUCAGUUGGCGAUAAUAAUGAUUGGCUACUUGUGACCCCAAAGUCAAUAUGGAAUCAAAUAAAAAAAGAAAUUAAAUCAUACUGGGACUAUGAUCUCAAAUGUGAUUCAAUUGAAACAGCUAUCGAAAUAUAUGGUUUCCAACGAAUGAGCGUUUUGCGUGCUUUCUGCUUGAAAGUUGGAAUACAAGUGUUGUUGCGCGAGUAUAAUUUUGAUUUACGCAAUAAAUCAACGUUUAACGAAGAGGACAUUCUAAAUGUUUUUCCAAUUGUUAAACAUAUAAGUCCUCGUGCGUCAGAUGCAUACAAUUUUUAUACCACAGGUCAGUCUAAAAUACAGCAAGGCCUAUUUAAAGAAGGUUAUGAGCUUAUUAGUGAAGCCUUAAAUCUUUUAAAUAAUGUUUUUGGAGCUAUGCAUUCCGAAAAUGGAUCUUGCUUACGUAUGUUAGCUCGACUUAGCUACUUGUUGGGAGAUCCACAGGAGGCCUUAGCAAUUCAGCAGCGCUCAGUAAUUAUGAGUGAACGCGUUAACGGUAUUGAUCACCCAUGCACCAUAUUAGAAUACACACACUUAUCUUUAUAUUGCUUCGCUAAUGGACAAAUUGGUGCAUCAUUGAAACUGCUUUACCGUGCCCGAUAUUUAUUGGUUCUGAUAUGUGGUGAAGAUCAUCCAGAAGUUGCCCUCAUAGAUAGUAAUAUUAGCCUAAUUUUACAUGCUGUGGGCGAGUACGAGCUAUCUCUACGAUUUAUUGAACAUGCACUGGGAUUAAAUUUGAAAUAUUUUGGAGAUAAGUCCAUGCACGUUGCAGUUAGUUACCACUUAGUUGCCAGAACUCAGUCAUGUAUGGGUGAUUUCCGUUCAGCUCUAAAUAACGAAAAAGAAACGUAUGCCAUUUAUAAAUCUCAGUUAGGUGAGGCUCAUGAGAAAACCCGAGAGUCUGCGGAAUGCUUGCGUCUGCUUACACAGCAAGCUGUACUUUUGCAACGCAAAAUGAACGAUAUAUAUUCAAAUGGCAAAUUAGGCACUGGGUUACCUCCAAUUCACAUACAACCACCGACCAUGGGAUCGGUUUUGGAGAUGCUAAACACAAUAAAUGGAAUAUUGUUCGUUCAAAUCAGUCAAAAGGAUAUAGCUAAGGUUCGAACUGAAAUAGAGAAACACUUAAAGAAUACAAAUGACAACACUAUCGGAACUGCCCAAAAUAAUGGUACCUUUGAACAUUCGAGUAAUAUGCCGAAUUCUUCACCUAACCUUGAAAAGACUGAGGUAUUGGCUAAUGGCAUUGGUGAUAACGUUGGUAAAAGUUGAGUAACCAGUAUUUUGUGAUUAAUAUCAGUCAUGAUAUUUACUGAUUGUUAUAAUAAAAUGAUUCGCCGAUCUGCCAUUUUUAA